CGAUGACUUCGGUUCGGUUUCGUGCUUCUGUAAAGGGCACUGCUUUACAGUAUCAACUUUUUCGUUUUUACAAUGCACACCAGUGACCCAAUUGGAUAAUUUUCGCAAGAGAGGAACGACAUCUUCAAGGGUUGUUCAUAAAUGAAGUAGUCGGUUGUCAAAGAGGUGCUUGGGUAUUAGAUAUGGCACUCACAUUCAUUUCAAACCGAUUACAGAAGGCAUGCCGCCACAUCUUUCCGUACAGGAACGUUGGAGAAUUAUUACACUACGCCAAGACAACAAUCUGUCCUUGCGACAGAUUGCUGGAAUAUUACAGUGUUCAUUCAACACCGUCCGGCGUGUGAUACAGUUAUUUGAGGAAACACACGAUGUGCUGGAACGAGAAGGUAGAGGAAGGCACAGGCUGGUCACCGGUUCAGUUCGGCGACAUUUCCGACAAAUUAUGUCACAACAUCCCAGUGACACAUCAGCCUCGAUUGCCAAUCGACUCGAACAGCGUAGUGGUGUCAGAGUUAGUGAUCGAACGAUCCGCGAAGCUCGUCGUAACGAGAACUACCAUCCCGUUCACGCAAGAGUUCAUUGGCACAUUAAUGAACAACAAGCUGCACGUCGAUUACAAUAUUGCAAUCUACACCAAUCCGACAAUUGGCGACAGGUAAUGUUCACUGACGAGAAGAAGUUUCAAGUGGAUGAGAGUGGUAUCGUUUACUGGAUUCCUAUCGGUGCUCCUCGAUCAAGAGCAUUCGUGGGUCAAGUGAAAUACACCGUGACCGUAUUUGGAGCAGUUUGGUUCAACAGUCGAUCUCGUCUGGUGUUUAUUCAAGGUUCCAGCAAUACUAUCACAUAUUUACAGCACGUGCAACUCGCUAUUGGCAACCAUGUUCGAAACUUGCGCGGUUACUCACUCAUUCACGACCGAACCACGUGGAGUCAUACACAUUUGGUGCAUGAUUGGCUGACUGCUAAUCGUAUUACUUGCAUGGAUGAUUAUCCUUCCGUCAGUCCUGAACUUAAUGCCAUCGAAUCAGUUUGGGGCUGGAUGAAUCGAUACGUGCAAUCGCGUCAUCCAAGGUCGCAAGAGCAUCUCGAAAAUUUGGUCAGUGAAGCAUGGCGACGUAUCCCUACCACCGUUGUCCAAGGCUACAUACGACGAAUC